UUGUGUUUUGAUUGUGAUGUGAGUUGUGGCCUGGAAAUGUCAUUAUUUGAUGGGUUUUGCCGGUUGUUUUCAGGCGAGACGUGGAACCCCUUAAAGCUGCACUUCCAGAUGCGUAACGUGCGCGAGCGUCUGGCGAAGAGUCUGGUGGAGAAGGGCGUCCUGAGCACGGAGAAGCAGAACUUCCUGCUGUUCGACAUGACCACGCACCCGCUGACAGACAGCAGCGAGAAGGAGCGUCUGGUGCAGCGUCUGCAGGACAGUCUGCUGGAGCGCUGGACCAACGACUGGCGCCGCAUGAGCCGCCGCAUGCUAGCGCUGAUCCUGCUAGCGCACGCCGCAGACGUGCUGGAGAACACACUGUCCUCGCUGAGCGAAGAGCGCUACGACAUGGUCUGCUUGCGCUCACGCAGCCUGCUGGAGGCCAAUCCCGACCUGGAGAGUGCAAAGGUCACGACCCCCGCCGAGGAGAUGAUCUGGGCCGUGCUGGCGGCCUUCAACAGAUCCUGAGAGAACGCCCUUUAUAGACAGCAUCCGCAUCACUACACAGACAGCAGCAGCAUCACGACCAUUUUUCUUACAUGUAUACUUGUUUUCGGGUUCAGUUGUUUUAAUUUUUAUUAUUUUUUUUUUCAAUGACAUUUUUGGCUUUAAAUAUUUUUAGUUUUUGUAAUUUUAGUACUUCACCUUCAGCUCAUUUAAUUUCAGGUAGUUGCAAUGUAGUUUUUCAUAAAU